GCUUCGUCUUCUGUUGAUUCGUCCCUCUGUCACACAGCGCUACAUCAGCGAAGUCACAGGACCCACCGACUGUACGUUAUCGCAAAUCUGUCAGUGCAGGAGACGGUGCCGGCUGAAAUAUAGCGACCCACACCCGCAAUCGGAGCUUUCAGUUCAGGGUGCAGCAGCUGAGAAGUCGGCAGUCGCGGUAAACAACGAACGGACACUGACAUGGCGACGACCAGCCCCUGUGUAGUGAUCAGUGACGAGGAGCAGGGCUACGACCUGGACCUCUUCUGCAUACCAAAGCACUAUGCCGCAGACCUGGAGAGGGUUUAUAUUCCACACGGACUCAUCCUAGACAGGACGGAGAGACUGGCACGAGAGAUCAUGAGGGACAUGGGGGGGCACCAUAUUGUGGCGCUUUGCGUCCUAAAAGGGGGGUACAAAUUCUUCGCCGACCUGCUGGACUACAUCAAGGCCCUGAACCGGAACAGCGACCGCUCCAUCCCCAUGACAGUGGACUUCAUCCGGCUCAAGAGCUACUGUAACGACCAAUCAACGGGUGAGAUCAAAGUGAUUGGCGGGGACGACCUGUCCACUCUCACGGGGAAGAAUGUCCUGAUUGUGGAGGACAUCAUCGACACAGGAAAAACCAUGAAGACCCUGCUGCAGCUUCUAAAGCAGUACAACCCAAAAAUGGUCAAGGUGGCCAGUUUGCUGGUGAAGAGGACACCAAGAAGUGUUGGAUACAGGCCAGACUUUGUAGGAUUUGAAGUUCCUGACAAGUUUGUGGUUGGGUACGCACUAGACUACAAUGAGUACUUCAGAGAUCUAAAUCAUAUCUGUGUCAUCAGCGAAACGGGGAAGGAAAAAUACAAGGCGUGAGGAGGACCGCCCUUCCCCUUUAGCUGUGUACCAUUACCAUUGAUGUAAAUCUAUUUUUUUUUUUUAAUCAGUGAUUUCUUUUGUAAAAAAUUUGUUAGGCAUAUCAAUAGCGCAUGAUCCCCAGAGUCUCCCACGUCUCUCUCAGGGUUCCCGAUUAUACAGGGAGCAUAACGUAUGCGCUGAUAUUGUACCUCAGAUUUGCUGCUUGCAAGCGAAUCCCCCCCCCUCCCUCCCUCCCCCUUCAGGCAGUUCUGGUCGGAGUUAGCGUGCUGUGUGUCUCCUACCCACAUCAGGCUAUUUGCAGUACUAAAAGUUUUUAAUGAUUGCUUUCUGGGAUUACUUCCUGUUUUUUCUCGUUUUGUUUAUUUUAUUUUUUUUUUAAACCUGCUGGAGACUCAGCUGGCAACUCAAUCAGACUGCAAAGCAGUUUGGUCUAAACCUCCAAUAACAAAUUUAAGGCAAUCACUUUGCGGUCGCUGAGAGAACAGCUUUGGUUUACUCCUGCCCAAAAUCAGAUUAUGGGCCUGUGUGUGACCAGUUCGGCCCCUUAGAUUCCUGAGAUGAGCAGGGAAGCCACUUUCGGCACCUGGCCUUUGCUUUGGAUAAACAGUGUAAUGCAAAGCGGGCUUAAUAAGCUAAUAAGAUGGCGGCAGUUCAGCCAAUCACUGCACACGGGAUACUGACACACGUUUCAGAUACUGUUUGGAAUUAGUUAUUUACAAAUCAACCUCAUAAAGGAUUGAACAGAAUCACUUCAUUACCUCAAAAGCCAGGCUUAAUCAUUCUGUCGUGUAAAUAGAGCUACAAUGUUAUUGAAUGGGGAUGAAAAGUCGAGGUCUAGAUGGAUAAAAUCUAUCGAAAAAUUGGACACCUGAACCUACAUUUAUGAUGUGUGCUUGAAACUGAAGUGUCCUGUUCCAGCAGCGUUGCUGGAGUAAGAACAAAGUGAUGAUAAAUAAGUGACGAUAAAUCAUCGUUAUUCAAAAAAAUGAUUCAAUAAAGUGGUGACAAAUCAUCGUUAUAUCCUUUAGAGAGUGACAUAAAAUGGAGAAAGGUAUGAUGUAUGAGUUUGGGGUGUAUGUAUUUGCUACCUGCCCCGAAACAUUUUCACAUAGUGUAGGAUUUGGACUCGGAUAUAUUGACAGGAUGCAGGGCCUUUUCAUACGCGGUUUGUUUAAAAUGGCAUGGGUUUUGCAGAAACCAUUGCAAAUGUGCAGUGAAGCUAUUUAGUAGGUAACUGUUCCAGAACGCCAAACUUGUUGACAGGAUACCUAGCAUAAAACAAGAUUUUUUCUGAAAUUAUGAAUAAAAGACUAACUCUCCUGGUUUUGCUGCUAGCUAGUUAACUUCAUUAUAAUCUUCAUAUCUCUGUCGGCUUUGUACAAAAGCACACCAAUGUGCAUUUUGCUUCUCAGUCCGCCAGGAACCAAAACACUCACUUUCAUGCGUAACAUUUUCCAAAAGAACCGCCAUUUUGUCAAACGAGCCGAGACCACCUCUUCCGAGAGGCCUUGGUUCAUUUAGUUUCUGCUCAUUUCAGUUUGUUUCUGAAACAAACUCAAAACAUCCGUGCUAGUCUUCGAACAAAACGAGCCACGCUCGUCCAGGAACAAGGCUGUAGGGUUUCUAGCCACCCUUCCUACCCCGCUCCCAGUGUGGCAAUGUAAGGAGGUUUAAUCUUUCUCUCGCACACACAUAACCUUCUCUGACACCAAAUAGCAACGCAUGCCCCGUUUUUCCUCCCCUGACCCAAAAUGACGUUUUUGCCCUCAUAACACUGGACAAUAAAUGGGGGGGGGGCUGUCUGGGUUGCAUAUAAUGGUUAUGAAAAUGCUUUAUUCAUACUUUGGGUUAUGCUGAUGGCAGAUGGUGUGUGGGUGCACUUAGUUUAAAAAGUUAAGUGUUUAUUUGUAGAAAUGGAAAUAUAUAAUUUCCAUGAUUAAAAAAACACAUCUGUAGUGCCUUAUAUCCACCUGGUUAUGGGGUGACAAACAACAUCCUAGCUAAUAUUUAAAAUUUUGUCCCAAUCUGAUUUAAUUUCUCUGCAUGGAAACAGCAUCAGUUGUUCAAAACAACAGUGCAAAAGACAGACCAAAAGCAAGUACCUCGUCACGUUUUUUGAACAGUACAUUUAUGGGAUUUGGGAAAACAUAAUGCAUAUGCCAACUCAGUCUCAAAGCCUAAUGUAUUCAGAAGGCUUGAGACAGGACAGGACAGAAAGAACAGGUGAAAGGUCAUUUCGUCUCCAUCCUGCAAUAGAUCUGCUUCAGACAGAAAUGCUUGUAAAAUGAUACCUUUUCAUGGAAUGCAUGAAACACAUGACUGUUGUAUUGUAAUACAGUUUUAAUCACACUUAUAGUUCGGAAUUACAGUAAACCAACUGAAGGGACACAAACGACAUACACACAGAAUGGACAUACAUUUCAGGUUUCAGCUCUAACCUUUGUGUGAUUUCAAAUGCCAUCAACCUUCUGUGUUUUUUUUUUUUUCCUUUCCAGCGAGUUCGAUUAAAUACGAAGGCGGUUUUUCUGUGAAACUGUACAUUACCCUUGUCUCCUGCAGGGGGCGUCUGCACACUGCAGUGCCCUGACAGCUUCCUGUUUUUCAGUUCUUUUCUGGGGAGAUGGACCUACUGUAUGUCUGCUUUGCCUCGAGACACGAGAGCCCACCGCUUUCCGUGCCAACGUCCCUGUUCUGGACUAUUAUCACACACUGCACCAAUAAAGAUUCAGUCUGAAAAACAUGAUGA